GUCCCGACCGCCCAGCAUGUCCUCCCCAGCCGGAGAACAGAGAAACGCACGUAUAGUGACAACUACCCUGCUGCUGACUGAACAUAUAACGAGAGAGGACCGAGGCUCCGAGGGAAAUUACCUCCUCUAUGGAUCCUCUUGUGCCCAGAUCACCGAAGAAGCUGAAUAUGUGAAAAAGCAGCUUCCUCAAAUCUCGGGCAACAAACUGGAAUCAAAGAACAGUAUGUCUAGCUCCAACUACAGUCCUAUUGUGGUGAAGAUGGAAGAAACGGAACACCAACUCUUGCUGGUGAACAAGGAAAAUCAAGUACUAAAGAUCAAGCUGGAAGCUACAAGAGAAGCAGGUGUGCAGGCUCUCAGAUCUGCCUCCCAGACACUUUAUGAAAAUUACCAUACUCGGUCAGAAGAACUUAAAAAAAGGCAUGAGAAUGAUAAGAAGCAAAUACAGGCCCACAAUCUCGAACAAGAACGAAAGCUCCAGCAGAAUACAGAAAAAGCCAAUCACCUAGCUGAAGGAAUCACAGAAAAAUGCACUCAGAUUACAGAAAUGGAGAAAAGAGUGCAAAGGAUGGAAGAGGAAAAGAAAACUCUGAUGGAAAGGAAACUGUCACUUGAACAGAAGCUUCUACAGAUGUCAAAGAAAGAAGACAGCAAGCGGUGUGUGGCUCUUCAGAUGGAGAUUUCCACUCUGCAAGAACAGAUUUGCCAUUUGCAGCAUGUGAUCCAGGCACAGCAUCAGAACCUGCGCAGUGUGAUACAGGAGGUGGAGGAACUGAACAAGGAACUCAGAAACCAAGAUAAAAAAAUAGGAAAUCUGACAGAAAAGCUAAAUGCACUCGAAAUUCAGAAUAAAGAACUUAAAGAAAAAGUGGAAUUCUGGUCUGGCCAAUCCAAGACUAAAAUUUCAAAAGGUGUCAUGACAGACACACGACGAGACUUUGGAGCAUCACCUUACUUGAUGCUCACCAGGAUAAGGAAGCAAGAAAGCUAGAUGAACUGGAUGUUUGUCUUCCACCUUCUUUUGGUGUGGUGCAAUACUUAACUCCUACAUCUUUUUGCUGCUGCAAAAGUACCUUCAACACUUGCUGCUUUUUUACGAAACAUGGUACAGAAGUGGUGCUUUAGAGCUGCAUUUAGAAGAAUAAAGCUGAAAGCAAGGCAAGAGCUGAAGAGGCAGUGAGCUCAUUAAUGCCUCGACCGUCCCAGUGGCAAAAGCUGUCCCUGGCCAUGCCUGGGGGCAGACACGUUGCUGCUCCGCUGCUGCUGUUGCAUCCUGCAGCAGUGCAGGCUGCAGCAUGUACCUGCCUCACUGCUGAGCAGUGGCCUGCGAACGGGCUCCAAUCAUACAGACUGCAGCAGAGGAUCAGUUUUAGCUGCUGCUCAGAUUUCUCUUA